UGCUUGUGUGUAGUUUUGUGUUGUGUUUACAAUUCUGUGUACAAUAUUGUGAAAAUUGAGUGAGAUUGUUGGAAGACAGCACUAUUAGGUUUCGAACGAAUUAAAUAUAGGAGUAGCUGCAAAAAUGGUUAACGAUGUCGGCAAGUUAAGCGGCUAUGAGUUCUAUCGUCGUGUCCUGGGCUCGCCACAAUAUGUGGUCGCACCCAUGGUGGAUCAGAGCGAGCUGGCCUGGCGCAUGCUCUGUCGAAAGUACGGCGCCCAGCUCUGCUACUCGCCCAUGUAUCAUGCCAAUCUGUUCGCCAACGAUCCCAAAUAUCGCAAGGAUGCGUUGCAAACAUGCCCCGAGGACAGGCCAUUGAUCAUUCAACUCUGUGGCAAUGAUCCACAGCAAAUGCUGGACGCAGCGCUGGCUGCUCAGGACUACUGCGAUGCUGUGGACAUCAACUUGGGCUGUCCACAGGCAAUUGCAAAACGCGGACACUACGGCUCCUUUCUGCAGGACGAAUGGGAGCUGCUAACACAAAUUGUAAACACUCUUCACGAAAAGUUGUCCGUGCCAGUCACCUGCAAGAUACGCAUCUUUGAGGAUCGCGACAAGACUAUUCGAUAUGCACAAAUGCUAGAAGCCGCCGGCUGCCAGCUUUUGACGGUACACGGCAGGACACGUGAACAAAAGGGACCAUUGACGGGUGUGGCCGAUUGGAGCUACAUUAAGUCUGUUAGAGAAAACAUAAAGAUACCCAUGUUUGCCAAUGGCAACAUUCUGGGUCUGGAGGAUGUGCAUCGCUGCUUGGUCGCUACGGGCGUUGAUGGCGUUAUGAGCGCCGAAGGCAAUCUUACCAAUCCGGCAAUAUUUCAGGGUAUUGCACCAACCUGCUGGGACAUGGGCAAUGAGUACUUAGAUUUUGUGGAGCAAUAUCCAUGCCCCACCUCCUAUAUACGCGGACACAUCUUUAAGCUGUUCCAUCAAAUUAUGAACAUUCGCCAGAAUGCCGAACUGCGGGAACAAUUAGCAACGGCCAAUCAGUUAGAGCAAUUUCGAGGCGUUGUGGCCAAAAUAAAGAACAAAUAUGAGCCAUAUCAGAAGGGUGAUGCAAUAUACACAAUGGAGGAAAUGGACGCCAGCAUAACGCACUACACAUCGGAUCAUAAAGAAAUGCUGCCUCCCUGGCUGUGCCAACCUUACGUUCGCGCCUCACCCGAAUCCCACCGACAGAAAAUAGCCGAAAAGGAGCGCGAAGCCAUUGAUCCGAAUCGCAUCAAGCGUCAAUACUUUGACAAGGACGGAAAUGAAAUCUCCAGGAAGCGUAUGAAAAAGCUGCGUCGACGUCAACGACGUCCCAACAAAUCCGAUGCGCAUAAUAAAGCUCGCCAUGAUCGUCAGCUGGAAUAUUGUGUUCAAUGUGUCAAUCCAUUGGGUUUCAAGUGUGAAUUUCGUUUAUGCCGGGUCUGCUGCCGUGAAAAAUGCUACUCUGACGACUGUGACUGCCCAGGUCAUGGGAUACUUAUUAAAUCACGACGUGCCAAGGCCAAACAAUUUGAAGAGCAUUCCAAGCACGGUGGCAUUAAUGAUUCCGGUGUUGUAACUGUGGAGACUGUGGGUGCGGAUGCUGACGAAAGCGAUGACUUAACAAAUAACGACAGUGUAGAAACACCAAAGCGGAAAAACGAAGUCAUUUGAUAUUUGGUUUCACAAAUUAGCAAAUUUAUACGAACUGUUUUAGGAAAAAAUUAUUGUUGUUCCUAUGCUUACGUGCGCAAAUAAACAGAGAGUCUAUUUUUGUGUUA